UUUUCAAAAAAAAUUUUUUUCAAUUUUUAGUCUGCCCAAAUUCUCUUGGUCGAAUAUUAGAUCGCUUAUUUAAAAAUAUAAUGGGAACAGUACAUUCAUCUUCAUGUACAUCCCCCUCUAGUUCACCUAGCUCUUCCCCUCGCGAUCACUUCCACGAGCAACAACAACCUACUUUGGAUGAAACGAUUAACAGAAUAUUAAAGUUGGUUGGUCGGAAACCCAUGAAAAACAAUUAUGGAAUGCAAAGGGCAGUACAACUUCUUGCUUCCGCUACCAGUGAAGAAAAAGAACAGAUGCUUCAAUGUGGCGUUCUCAGACGCAUUUGCCUAUUAAUCAACGAACAUUGUAAUCUUGAUUUACCUCCUCCAUCUAGCCCAAUUUUUGAUUCUUCUCAACAACAUCAACGCCACAGUGUUGACGUUUCUGGGAUUGAAAAUAAUUUAAAUUUGAUAGACAAAAAUCAACAAAAAGUAAAAACUGAAGAAACUGAAGAAGAAAGGGAAAGUCGGAAAAAAUUUAUUGUUGGAGGUAAUAAAGCUGGAAAGACGGGAAGUCGUAGGAGUAGUACGCAACAGGCAAAGGGUGCAUUAAAAGAUGUUAAACAACCCCCCAGAAAAAGGCCAGGGAGCGCCGAACCAAAUAAAUUUAGAGGUAUUGGGUAUGGAAGAGGAUCUACAAAAUCAAAGUGGAAUAUGGAAAGAACAGUUGAAGAACGUGCAAUACAAGAAGAACAUUUAAUUUGGCUUUUAUCUGCUUUAAUUGCCUAUUUGUGGGGGGACCGUCUUUUGGAACGUGUUUGUGAUUGGGAAAUGUCCUUAGGUUAUAAGGGAGGUGAACGACGUCGUUCUGUCCCCUCAAUGUUUUAUGGGGAAAUGCCUGCCCAUUUGGAGGAUGAAAUUUUGGCAGAGCAAAUAUUACAAUCCGCAGUUAUUCCCUUGCUAGCACAUCAUUUAAGCAAUGAUUCGGUUUUAGACGUCUCGCAACAUAUUCCGUUAUAUCAGGCAGAGAAAAUAAUUUUUAUUAAAUCCAAGUUUAUUCUCAGGUUCUCUUCGAGUUAA